CACACACAUGCUCUUCUUCACCUCUUUAUACACACAUUCACACGCCUGCACAAUACUAUUUAUAUAUAGUUACCAUAUACUCGAAUCAACACCAAGUGACCACUUGUGAAGACCAAAACAAUGAUGUUGCCGUACAACGCACACAACAGCUACCAGCACCAGUUCCCAUCGCCAGAGCUUGAAAUUCCCGAGAAGUGGAAGGUUCCCUACGGACACGAUGAGACUGCUCCACCUUGUCCUCGUUGUGCAUCUUCAAACACCAAGUUUUGUUACUACAACAACUACAGCUUGUCUCAGCCUAGAUACUUCUGCAAAGGUUGCCGUCGAUACUGGACCAAAGGCGGCUCUCUCCGCAACAUUCCCGUCGGUGGAGGCUGUCGCAAGAGAAGCAGGAGCAGAAAUAACAGUCACAAAAGGUUUGGUCGGAACCAGAAUCUGCAGCCAGAUGGUCUUAUCAACCAAGAUGAAGGUUCCCAGUCAAGCCAUGCUGGUUCUGAUAUUGAUCUGGCUGCGGUUUUCGCACAGUACGUGACUAACGGGAGCCCUUCGAGUACAGAUAACACUACCGGAUCUGAUCAAGAUUCACCGUUAACAACAACAACCACUCAUGCUUUAGAUUCCUUGACUUGGGAUAUCUGCCAAGAAACUGAUGUGAAUCUUGAAUUCUAUGGGACCGAGAAGAUCCAAGAUGGUUUUGGCCAGUUUCUCCAAGAAGAUGAAGAGGAGAUGUUCGAGUUCCAAGGUUUACUAGAUGACAAAGAGAUUCAAGAGAUCUUAGAUUGCUCAUUCACGGAGGAGCCAGACAAGUUAAUUUCUCAAGGGAGCUUCAUGAUCGAUGGUGAUCACUGGAGUUCAACAGAUCUUGCAACAUUCGGGAUUUGACCAGGAAGAUCUUUCCUUUCUUUUUAAUCGCAUAUACUUCAAUUUAUUACAAAUAGAAAACGUACUACUACUAGUUACACUGAAACUUAUUCUUAUAUAUUGUUCAUGAAUUUAUAUCACACAUGAACCCUCCCACGAGAUAGAAUCCGUGGAGUAGAUUACUGUAUAUUUCUCUUCAAAUAAUGAAUACAACUUACACUUUCUACAUAAGUAAUUUUACUGGCCAUGCUUUUGAAAUUCUUCUGCCUUGCCUUCUCUCCUUUCAGUUUUGAUUGUGGAACAAACCUG